CUACGACAACAACUGCAGCUCCAACUACAACAACUGUAGCUCCAACGACCCCCACAACUGCAGCACCUACAAUGACAACUGUAGCUCCUACGACCACAACUACACCACCUACUUCGACAACUGCUGCAGCAUCUGCUAAAAUAACUACAACUGAUACUCCUACGACAACAUCUGUAGCUCCUAUGACCACUACAAAUGCAGCACCUACUUCGACAACUACAACUGCAGCACCUACUACAACAACUACAACCGAAACUACUACGACAACCACAACAUCUACUACGACAACCACAACUGUAGCUCCUUUGACCACCACAACUGCAGCACCUACUACGACAACUGCAACACCUACUACGACAACACGUACUACGACAACCACAACACCUACUAUGACAACAACUGUAGCUCCAACGACCCCCACAACUGCCGCACUUAUAACGACAACUGUAGCUCCUACGACCACAACCAUACCACCUACUAUGACAACAACAACUGCAUCUCCAACUACAACAACUGUAGCUCCAACGACCCCCACAACUGCAGCACCUACUUCUACAACUGCAGCACCUACUUCAACAACUACAACCGAAGCUGCUACGACAACCACGACUUCAGCGCCGACGACAACCACAACUGCAGCUCCAACUACAGCAUCUGUAGCUCCUAUGACCACUUCAACUGCAGCACCUACUUCAACAACCACUGCAGCUCUUACAACAACUACCCCAGAAGCACCUACUUCGACAACCACUGCAUCUCCUACUACAACAACCACUGCAGCUCGUACAACCAUUACAACAGCAGCACCAACUACAACAACUACAAAUGCAGCUCCUUCGACAACCACAACAGAAGCCCCUACAACAACAACUGAAGCUUCUACGACAACAAAUAUAUCCCCAACCACUACAACGUCAGCAGCUACUGUGAAAAUAACUUCAGCUCCUACUACAACAACUGUAGCUCUUACAACCUCAACGACUGCUUCACAUAAUACAACGAUAACUAAAGCUCCAACGAUAACAACAAUUGCAGCACCAAUUACGACACCUACAUCUGCAGCACCAACUUCGACAACUACAUCUGCAGUACCUACUACGACAACUACAUCUGCAGCACUUACUACGACAAUUACAACUGCAGCACCUACAAAGACAACUGUAGCUCCUAUGACCACUACAACUGCAGCACCUACUUCAACAACUACAAAUGCAGUUAAUACAACAACCACAACUGCAGCUCCUACUACAACAACUUUAGAUCUUUCGACCACAACAGCAGCAGCACCUACAACGACAACUGAAGCUCUUACGAUAACCACAACACCUCCUACGACCAUUACAACAGCAGCAUCUAUAACAACUUUAGCUUCUUCGAAAACAACUAUAUAUCCUACUACCACUACAACUGCAGCAACUACUUCGACAAUCACUACAGCUCCAGCUACAACAUCUUUAGCUCCUACGACCAAUACAACUGCAGAACCUACUUCGACAGUCAAUACAGCUCCAGCUACAACAUCUUUAGCUCCUACGACCACUACAACUGCAGAACCUACUUCAACAACCACUGCAGCUACUACUUCAAAAACCACUGCAGCUCCUACUUUAACAACCACUGCAGCAGCAGCACCUACUACAACAACUACAAAUGCAGUUCCUACGACAACCACAACUGCAGCUUCUACUACAACUUUAGAUCCAACGACCACUACAGCAGAAACACCUACAACGACCACUACAAACGCAGCUCCUACGACAACCACAACUGAUACUACUACUGCAACUUUAGAUUCUACGACCACUAAAACAGCUGCACCUACAACAACAACUGUAGCUUCUAUGACAACAAAUAUAUACCCAACCACUACAAUGUCAGCAGCUACUUCGACAAUCACUUCAGCUCCUUCUACACCAACUAUAACUCUUACAACUACUACGACUGCAGCACAUACUACAACUACAACUGAAGCUCUUACGAUAACCACAACUGCAGCACCUAUUACGACAAUUACAAUCGAAGCUCCUACGACAACCGCAAAUGCAGCACCAACUACAACUGCAGCACCUACUACAACAAUAACAACUGCAGCACUUACUAUGACAACCACAACUGCAGAUCCUACGACAAGCACAACUGCAGCUCCAACUACAACAACUGUAGUUCCUACUACCACCACAACUGCAGCACCUGCAGUGACAUCUGUAGCUCCUACGACCACUACAACUACACCACCUACUUCGCCAACCACUGCAGCAACUGCUAUAAUAACUACAACUGAAGUUCAUAUGACAACAUCUGUAGCUCCUAUGACCACUACAACUGCAGCAUCUACUUCAACAACCACUGCAGCUCUUACAAUCACUACCCCAGCAGCACCUACUAUGACAACAAAUGCACACCACAAAAGCUGCUAUGACAAUCAAUUCAGCUCUUACUACAACAACCAUUGGUCCUACCACCCCUACAAUUACAGCAUCUACUACGACAACAACUGCAGCUUUUACGAAGACCCCAAUUGCAGCUCCUACAACUGCAGCUCCUACAACUGCAGCUCUAACAACUGCAGCUCCAACAACUGCAGCUCCAACAACUGCAGCUCCAACAACUGCGGCUCCUAA